CUAGCGCAUUGCGUAGUUACAAAUUGUCACUUUGAAGAUCAAGACGUGUUUGUGGGUAGCUCCGCGAGUUUUCCAUAGCAGAGCAGUCAGAAAAAGAAUAAUUGAAGUUCUUUUUAUUACUGGUUGUGUGUUCUUCCUGUUCCACCACGGCGGCCAUCAUCCGACCGUCCGAGGGACCUAUAAUUGACUCGUCCCGUGGAAUUUCGGAAAACGCGAGUGAAGAGAUUUUGUGCGUGCUAGUUUAUCAGCAGUAGGCGAGAAGAGUGUUUAUUUUUGGGGCGUUUUUCCUGCUGAAAAUCUUGAUGUAUGACGAUAGACCGAGCUUUCCUUUGUUGUUGCAAGGUUGGCUGUGAGAAUUUUUUUUGGGCGAACCCUUUAAAGUAGGGAAACGGGUGACAUUUUGAUUUUUUGCUGGUAUUGAACAAGUGAACCGUUUAUUUUUAUAAACUCUUGAAUACUGUUUGCACCUCGUGUUUGGUGUAUGAGCUAGAAAUCUCCGAAAAGAAAAACGCUUGUUGACUAAUCGUACCAAGAUGGCAGACAGUUUGGUGGAAACGCCUGCCUCCAGCUCCAGCCAUUUGAUCAAUAUUGGAGGAAUGAAUCAACUUCCUGCUGAUUUGCAACCAGGCUCGUCGUCUGGAAACUCAUCGAUUGCCUCUUCCUCGACUUCGUCCGUUGUUGCUUCCUCGUCCUCUUCAUCCUCAUCCUCAUCUAAUGCCUCGGCAUUAUUGAUUUCUGUGGCCACUCAACCACCGAGCCACGGUCUGAAUUUGAGUGAGCAAAUCAUGACCACGGGCCAGGAGCUAAAUCUCAGUUUGUCUAAUUCGGGGAAUAAUGGCAGUCAGUUAGAGUUUAAAGACAUCCAGAAAUCGGGUCGCCCGUCCGAAGAUCCCGACGAGGAUGAACCUGAAGCCAAACGAAAGAAAAUCGAUAGACCUGCAACCAAGAUGAUCGAAAAGCUGGAGGCCCGUCUCGGUGGCAUUCUGUGCUGUGCCGUCUGCUUGGAUUUGCCAAGGACUGCGAUGUAUCAGUGCACAAUGGGUCAUUUGAUGUGCGCCGGAUGCUUCACCCAUUUGCUGGCGGACGGUCGACUCCGUGAUCAAAAUGCGACCUGUCCAAACUGUCGUACCGAGAUCAGUAAGAAUAACUCAUCCCGGAACUUGGCCGUCGAAAAGGCUGUUUCCGAGUUACCUAGCGAGUGUCAGUACUGUGGUAACGAGUUUCCGAACAAAUCGGUCGAAUAUCACGAGAACAACGAGUGCGAGGAACGUCCGACCGAUUGCUCUUACUCACGCAUCGGAUGCCAGUGGCGUGGACCAAUCCAUGAGGUUCCGUCCCACGAGGCCAAUUGUGUGCAUCCGAAAAAAUCCGGCGCCGAGGUUAUGGUAGCUUUGCAGGCCCAUGAUGCCCGUGCCGCCGAAGAGAAGAAGCUUUUCCUUACGUUGAUCGAUCUGUUGAGUUACGAGAAGAUAAUCUUCAAUGAUCUCCAAAUGAAGCCAUAUCGUACGGAUGAGUACGUACACCGCUUGUAUUACGAAACUUCGCGUUUUUCCGCUUUUAACCAUCAAUGGGUUGUGAAGGCUAUCAUCAAUAAGAGUCAACGGGACCCACAUCAGUCGUGUGAUCGGGAUAUCACCUAUCAGUUGAUACUUAAGUCGAAAACCACCAGCCCGCUACCGAUGCACUUUUUCGUGUUGAGGGGCCCAUUCUCGGACAUCAAGGUCGAUACCCAAAUCUAUAAGCACGACUUCACCGAAACGGAAACGGAGAGUCCGUUCAAUCUCAUGCCGUUACCGGAUACGGCAGAGUGUAAUCGGCUGCUGGCAGCAAAGGCGAUUAAUUUCAGGCUAAUCAUGUUUUUGGCAUCGAAGUAAAUUUCCGGCACAAGGAACAGAUUCGUAAUUGGUAACAUGUUGCAUCAACAUUUUAUUUUAGCUUGAUUUCUUAGCUUCGAAUGAUAAAAAAAUGUUUGUUUUUACUCUUUUUACUCGAGCUUGUAUUGAUUACCAUGAUUGAUUUGGGUAUUCUCUUAAAAGCCAAAUUAUUUUUUUUUUCGUUGGAUAGAUUUGUAUUAAAUUUGUGCACAUGAGUUGCACUACUUCAAUUAAAUACAGUGAUAGAUAUCCAACGUAUUUUAUUCUUCUCGAAUUGGUUUUAAUAAUCUAGAAAAACUAAUCGCACAAACGAUUCCCAAGCAGUCAAAAAAGCAUCUCUUAUGUUUUGAAACAUAUGUAGAAGGAUAUCAAAACUACUUCAUUAAUUUGUUCUAUCUGCAAUGGAUAACAGGUAAAAGUGAAUUAAUAAAUUAAAUCUUUUGUAGUUAUCAGAAACAGUGCAUCUAUUGUAUAUUACUCACUCAAAACGAAUAAUUAGAUAACAGGCGUGGAUUCAUUAGUUUAGUUGAAUAUUGUUUUUCGCCACAGAACAACCCCGACACAAAUGUAACCUGAAUGUUCCACCAAACCAUACCUUUCUCCGUAAACCAUUUGUUCUGGUAAUUUAUUACUUAACUAUUGUUUCAGUACAAUAGUUAAAUAAUACAUUGUUGAACCAAGUGGCUUGACCGGUCCUGCGUUCGUUACGUUACUGAACAAUUUUUAAAUAAUAAUACAUAUAUUUUUAUCUGAAUGCCAUUCUGUACAAAUCAAUACACUAGUUUACUGUAGGAAAUCGGUAGCCAUAUACGAACGGGGUGACCUGUCCGAUAUCGAAUGACCGUUAAUUGUUUAAUUUAACAAAAUAUACCAUGUGGAGGAGAUUCUGCCCACUAUAACGACUCUGUAUUUGUCCAUAACGUUUCCGUACCGAUAAGUUUGCUAAUCAGAUUUUGUGAUACGAUCAACGCGGAGAAAACUCGCGGUGACGCGGGUGUCUUCGUCGCGUUCGAACAAUGAAGAAGCAUAGAUGGUGUUAUUAGAAGGGAACCAUUUUUUUCUAGAUUUAAUGAAAUUAAAUAAGCAAAAAAAAGAGGUUUGAUAAAAAUCAAAGAAUAUAUAUAGAUAUAUAUUUAACUUAGUUGUAAGAUCUUCUCACAGCUGCAGCAUGUAAGAAAAUCACUUUUUCAUCCUACCACCAUAUACUCUCCAUGCAUAAGCAUAACUACAAUGCACAGAAGAGGGAAAAUUUUGCAAUUUAUUUCAAUUUUUUCAUACUAGCUGUUAGGUGAUAGCAUAGACAUAAGUUCGAUUCUUUUCAAUCGUUUCAAUUAACACGUCUAUCGUCAAGCUUUGAUCUAAUUUAGAAGAGCUUAGUGGUUUGAAUAAAUAUUUUUUUCAAUAUAAUGUAAGGAUAAAUAUUAUAUUUAUAUGGCCCAUAUUAUAUAGCUGAUAGGAAUAUGUCGUCUAUAAGAUGUUUUUCACUUUUACCUAUUUUAUUUACAAUCAAAUGUUUUGUUUUAAUCCCAUAAUAAAAAUAUUCUUAUUCGAA